GGGGCAGCGGACUUCCGGCGUGAGUGCGGGUCGGCGCACGCGGCGGCGGUCCGGUUGACUGCGGAGCCAUGGAGGGCGGCUUCGGCUCCGAUUUCGGGGGCUCCGGCGGCGGGAAGCUGGACCCAGGGCUCAUCAUGGAGCAGGUGAAAGUGCAGAUCGCCGUGGCCAACGCGCAGGAGCUGCUACAGAGGAUGACGGACAAGUGCUUCCGGAAGUGUAUCGGGAAGCCGGGGGGUUCCCUGGACAAUUCGGAGCAGAAGUGCAUCGCCAUGUGCAUGGACCGCUACAUGGACGCCUGGAACACCGUGUCACGUGCCUACAACUCGCGGCUGCAGCGGGAAAGAGCCAACAUGUGACCGCGACGCGCCAGCAGACCAACCCCCCAACCCUUUCCCUACCCCCGGACCUAUUUCCAUAAACGCUGUUUGUUGAGGCGGGGUCCUGCAUGUGCGUACUGCCUACCAGAAGUUUAUGAGGACGACAUUGGUGCUGGGACCGUUGGGAUUCUACCCGUCCUUUCCGCCUAGCCGCCCACCUGCUAGCCGGUGUAGCUUGGGUUUUGGUAGGGGCGGCCUUGGCUCCGGUGCCACCUCCCUUUGUGCGCCUGUUAACGGAUUAAGUCGUAUGGACCGUGGUGGGGCCUCAACCCGGCUUACACUGUCUGCCUGGGAGGAGGGUGCUGGUUGACACAUCACAAGCUUUAUUCAGCGUCCAGAGAAUGGAGAAGCUUGAACUAGUUCAGGGCUGAACUUGACAACCCCGUGCCGAGAGGGAUUUAAUUUUAAAGGGAGGAGUGAGGUCAGUGAUGGGGAACCAUGUUUAUUAGUUUACCUGGGAAGGGGCAGGGCUUUUUUGAGGGAGUGGGGGACCACCCCCUUUUUAUCCUGUUUUGGUCUUUUAAUGUAUGAUACUGGCUGCUGGGAGGUGUGUUUAAUACGUUCAUACAGUAAAAUCAACAUGUAAUGAGA